AUGGGUUUAUGGACGUGGCCCUUCUCACAUGAGAAGGAGGAAAAGAGGCCCAAAUUCGUCGAGUUAAGGUCAUCAAGACGGUUUGUCAUGUUCGUCGUCGCCUUUGCUACUGGGACGGACAUCUUCAUGUACGGUCUUAUCGUACCGGUCACGCCAACCGCAUUGAAAGACAGAGCGGGCAUUUCAGAUAAGGAUAUUCAAAGCUGGACAUCAAUUCUUCUUGCCCUGUACUCGGCUGCUUUGUUAGCUUUUGCGCCUGUUGUCGGGUACAUCGCUGAUCGGGCCGAGUCCCGUCGGUGGCCUUUGCUGGUUGGUCUCGUUGCGUUGGCCGCUGCAACAGCCCUUCUGUGUGUUGGCACUGAUAUCGGCUUGUGGAUUGUUGGUCGUUUGUUUCAAGGCGCUGCCGCUGCGGUGGUAUGGACGGCCGGCUUGGCACUGAUGGUAGACACUGUCGGAAAAGACGAUCUGGGCCAAGCGAUUGGAUAUGUGUCUAUGGCUAUUAGCGUUGGAACACUAGCUGGACCUCUUCUUGGCGGAGUUGUCUACGAACAUGGUGGAUAUUAUGCCGUUUUUGGCCUUGCCUUCGCUUUCAUCGCCCUCGAUAUCAUCUUGCGAUUGCUCUUGAUCGAGAGAAGACAUGCUAUCAAAUGGCUUGCACCGGAGAUGAGGCCGCUCUCUGUGAAUGGAGAUGAAUCAGCGGAAAAGAAUUCAAAUCAAACCUCAAAAACUCCUACCCCGCCCAGUAAUGGCCCUGAAUCUCGUGAAUCCCAGCCGCCUGCUCCCCCUCCCGGAGUGCGUUCAGGCGUUGUCCUUCCACUCUUCGUCCAAGAGACAUUCGGGUGGCACCAAAGUGGCCAGGGGCUAAUCUUUAUUUCGCUCAUGGUGCCACACGUACUAGACCCACUGACGGGGUACAUCAUAGACAAAUACCCCAAAUCCUGUCGCUAUCUCGCUGCAGGGGCAUUCCUCGCUUCCGUUCCCGUGUUGGUGCUUCUGCGUUAUGUCACGGAUAACUCGAUGCAGCAUAAGAUUCUCCUAUGUGCUCUCCUGGCUUGUGUUGGGCUGUGCUUUGCCGUGGCUAUGCCACCGCUCAUUGCGGAGGUAUUCUUUGCCGUGAAGGAGAAAGAGGAUAAAACGCCUGAUAUCUUCGGUCGCGGUGGUGCUAUGGCUCUAGCCUUUGGGCUGUCGAAUAUGGGGUUCGCGGCUGGAAGUCUGAUCGGGCCAUUCUUCGCGGGCUUUAUUCGCCAGGAGGCUGGCUGGGGGGCGAUGGGAUGGGCAAUAGGGUUGAUAGCUGGCAUAUCAUCUAUCCCAAUCUUGUUGUUCGUGGGUGGCUGGAUCUUGAGAGAGCCGGUCGAGUCAGAGCAUGAAGUCCAAUUGACCGACAGCGCACCUGGCCCAUGA